GAUCAACACUCUGUGGUAGGCCAGGGAGCUGGACCCACUCCAAGCUCCAGUUCUUGCUCAAAUCCAAACACUGGAAGUGGUUACAUGAACUCAUCCCAGCAAUCAGUGUUGAAUCAGCAACUGAUGGAAAAGAAACAGGCUCUGCAGCGGCAAAUGAUGGAGCAAAAACAACUCCUUCUACAGCAGCAGAUGUUGGCAGAGGCUGAAAAAAUAACUCCACAAGAUCAGCUGAACAGACACUUGACACGGCCACCACCAGAUUAUAAAGACCAAAGAAGGAAUGUGGUCAACAUGCAACAAGCAAACCAAUAUCCUGGUGGUUCACCAGCUGUGAGUAUAAGCUCCAACAACAUGUCCCUGUCCAACCCAAUUUCAACUCAUAGCAUCAUGCCCCAGACCUCCAGCCUCAUGUCCACCCCUGCUGGGACCCGAAUGCCUUCUGUUCCUGCUGCUCGGAGUAUGGGCUGCUAUGGGAGCCUUCCUUGCAACCAACAAAGUGCAUACAAUGUGACUUCAGGAAUGAACCAAAUGCAGCCACACAGAAACCAAAAUCCAGUCCUGCCCAGUCAGAAUAACUCCGUGAUAUCUCGACAGCAAACCAUGACGCAGGGAAGCAACGUGGCAGCUUUUGGGACAGGGUCAGUGGUCAACCCACAGCAAGUGAGGCCAAGUUUGAACCAUGGAGCCACAGGUAUUCCCACACAAAGGCCGGUCAACGUGAUGAUCACGGCUACUGCCACUGCCCAGAACUGGGCCCCACAAGAAGCUGCGGUGAAGCAGCAGGAUGCACUGAAACCCACAGGGGUCCGUUUCCCCACUGGCACUCCAUAUCCUAACCAGUCUUUGCAACGCAAUGUAGGCAACCAGCAUUUUCCUCAGCGUGCGUUGGCACCUCCGAAUCAGUUAACAGCGGGAGUCCAAAUGAGGCCUCCUCUAAACCAAAUGCACCAGACUUUAAAUGGACAGUCUGCUGGCUCACUACGAGGUCUCAGCAUAAGACCUAACCAGCUGAGAGGACAGACUGUGCCUACCUUGAACCAGCCAGGAGCAAGUAUGACCCCUCCGUCAUCUCUGCCAUCAACAGGUUUCACAUCUACAACCCAAAACUCUCGGGCUUACCAAGGAAGUGACCAUGGUAAUGACCUAGCAUUUGACUUUCUGAACCAGCAAGGUGACAGUAUAGGACCUGCGCUCAACAGUGAUUCAGACUUUAUAGAUUCUUUACUGAAAACGGAACCUGGUAACGAUGACUGGAUGAAAGACAUCAACCUGGAUGAAAUUUUGGGAAACCAUUCGUAA